AAAUAUUUUCCCUCCGCUUUUUUCCGAGGGAAGGUAAAUAAAUAUUAUUUCCGCCAUUUUUAUCUUUUUGUUGACACUAAUGACAGACACGUAUGUCACUUUUCUGCAUAGACUGAUAGUUUUUAUUUUUAAGAAGAGAACUCCUCAAAAACUGUAAAGUCUACAGUGGAUAGCUGAUUUAGAACAACGAUAGCCGACUUGUUGACAGAUUUGUCACCAUAAAUCUCUAUUCGAAGCCCACUUCAUGGCAUAAUGGCAUUAAAUACGAAAAAAGGAAUCAAUUCUUACUUUUUCUCGGUGUUAUUGUUUCAUUGUUGAGAUAAUUUGGUGUACAAAACACACCUUAAAUCGGCUGUCAGUGGAACUAUAAAUCAACUUCCAAUAAUUUUCAAAUAUCGAUGGGAAGCAGUUGUUUUCCCACCUAUGGUUUGUGCUGCCAUUUACUCGAAACUAAAGAAAAUUUGAAAGGUAUUGUUAACAAAAAAGUGGAUAACAGCAAAAGUGUAAUGAUGCUUUUGCUUCGGUAUCAGCGACAAAGACAAGGAGAGGGUGGCGGGGAUGAGAUGCCCCAUGAGCACGACAUGCGGCGUAAGAUCAACGACAGGGACAUCAAGAACGACAGUCACAGGGCCGCCACCCGCAGCACUCUCAUCUGUAUAUUCGUCUGUGGUUCCCUCCUUCUUUCCUUGGGCCUGGCAGUCCUCUUCGUUGGUCUCCUCGUUCCUGGGCCGCGGGAUGAUCCCACGCCUUGGCUGGUGAUUGGUCCGACAUGCAUCGUCCUGGGGAUCCUCGUCCUUCUUCUCUCUGUCGAAAUAAUCCUCAAACUCAGGAAAAUAUCCAGUUCUAGCCGGUCUUCUGUGGAACGAGAUUCUCCUCCUAAAGAAAGCUGGACACUGGCUGAUACGAAAAAUGAGGAGGCAAAAACCAUUCCUGUCAUCAUUCAUCCUCCCACUCCGAUGCAACAGCUGAAUCCAGUGACUCUUCCGUCGGACAUCGUCCAGCACAGGUGAUGAUGAUAUGGGGAAAUCUUAUGGAUACAUUACAUUUUUGAGGAAAGAGUUUUCUGGUGAUUCAACACUUAGUGGAAGAUCCGAUUAAUUCAUAGCAUUGUUUCUGGAUCCGUGACACGUUUUGAAAUCAUCAUGUUCAUUUUUUUCAUCAAGAACAUCCUUGAACUGGUGAUGAAUAGCUCGUGUUGUAUACGUCACAUGAUGUCUUCGGAAAUAGUGUUGAAUUCCACACACACUUUAAUUUCCAUCAAGAAUCGACUUAAAUGGAAUUUGACAUUUUCAAUGACCGAGUUCUGUACACUAACCUCUACUUGGCAUCUAUGGAUGGUUGACUGAAUGUAAACAAUAACAAGAUUCCUAAAACUGGAAGAAAUAUGGAAAAAUUUCCGGUGUAUUCCUCCGCUUGUGUUAUGCUUACGCGGCGAUGUGUGAACAAGCUUCAUACUCCCAGGAACCCUUAUUAUUGUGAUUUUUGUUGUCCUUAAUUUUACAGUUCAUGAGACUUUUCUGUAAUUUAUGAAUUCUAACAGAUCGCGAGCCUAAAAAAAAUAUAACAAAAUUAAUAAUACCAUAAAUAAAGUGUAAGGUUUGCCA